AUGCAACAAGCGCUUCCAUCUACAGAUGGGGCCGGCGAAUAUCCGCCGGAAAACAGCGUCUCCGGCAACCACGGCGGGAAGAAGGUGAGGGAUCUUGUGGCGGAGAACGCGGUGGUGGUUUUUGCCAGGGAGGGCUGCUGCAUGUGCCACGUGGUCAAGCUUCUGCUCCACGGGCACGGCGUGAGCCCCGCGAUUCGUCUUUUCAGCGAGGGGGACGAGGCCGACGUGAAGAGGGAGCUGUCGCAGUUCCUCUGGCGAAGUGGAGGCGGCGGGGCGCCGCCGCCGCAGUUUCCGGCGGUGUUUGUGGGCGGGGAGCUGUUCGGAGGAGUGGACCAGAUCAUGGGGGCCCACAUCUCCGGCGAGCUGGUGCCCAGGUUGAGAGCGGCUAGGGCUUUGUGGCUUUAG